ACCAACACCCCCUGCACAGGCUCUACCACCUCCACGACACCAGGGAGACAACCAAACUUUGCUCAGUUGCUGUACUGAAUUAACAAUCGCUUGGAACCAAUGAGGCUAUCGGAACCGAUCGAUAUCUGCCUCCCGUGCUGGACCGCCUGCAGGCAACACGUGGGCUGCUCCAUGAUGCAGAUCUUCUCGCUCAAGCUCAGCAAGCUCCCAAGAGGAGCAGCAGCCGGCCGGAGCCCCAUCCAGGUGUACGGGUUCAUGGCUGUCCGCGAUCUCCUGGACCCUCUUCGCAACUACGUCUUCAACCGCACAAGGGAGGAUCCAUUCGUCAUCCACGACCUCCGCUCGGACGCCUUCAUCUACCUCUCCGGCCCCAAGAGAGGAAUCUACCUGCAGUGCCGAGUGCUGGUCGAGUACGACAUGAGGAUCAAGAGAGGCGACGACGCAGGAGAAGAAGAUGAUCUGCCCCUCAUUGAUGGGGCUGCCACAUCCAGCGAGCUCACAUUCAUCCAUGGAGCCAUCACCAACCGGAUCAAGGGGGAUCGCGGCGCCCGGGUGGACAUCGCCCGCGCGCUCCUCCACGAAUCUGUGGAGGCCACGGUGCAAGUUUGGGUGACGGAUUCAGGUUCGGGGGGGGGGGGUGCCAGUGGCGGCCUAGACCUGUCUAUAACCGGUUUUGUUGGUCGGAUACCUGAAGAAAUCAAGAUCUUCCGUGGCACCAUCGGGGACCUGUGCCGCGACGUGAAGAGGUUUGUGGUUGCUGUGAGGUUGAACUCUGUCUUGAUUCUGCAUUUUAAGGUUCCGGCUCUUGGAGCAGAUCCCGUCUGCAAGUUUGCUGUUACGGCUGUAGCGCAUGGAUGCACCUACCGUUGCCAUGAACUCGAUUCCUCUUCAGCUAUAGCCUAUAGAAGUCAAAGCGACCUGGUCGAAUCUGUACUAGCCCGGGUCAUGCGAUGCGAGCUUCGAAUCCACAGUGCAAGUGUAAUAUCCGGAGAGUAUUCAUGUAGUCUUAUUUGUUCAUGAGUAGAAGUUUUCUUAUCCAAAAUGUGUAUGGUUCUUGUUUUGGAACCUGAUUAAGGCUCAGGUAGGUUCGGUGGUGGUUUUGUAGUUCUUGCUUGGGUGGGUUUGGCGGAUUUGGAAGUUCAUCUUAGUCUCAAGAUGAACUCGCGCAAAGUAAUAACAGCAACUCCUAAUAUGGAUAUCC